GUUUUUCUCAAGCGAGCAGUCGUGUCCAAUAUGGCGUGUGCGUAUGAGUGAUGUUAAAGUGCAGGUUCUCCUGCUCUUAACUCGCUUACCGGACGAUCUCCGACGUGUGUAUGAGGAGAUGUAAUGUAAUUACAAUAACAUCAUAGCAAAACAAUGUACAAUGAACUACAGUGGAAACAUGCCAGAUUGGCAUCAAUAUAAUCCGCCGCCGCAAUCAGGAAUAAACGACGUGACGUCCACUGCUCAAAAUGUCAAUUCGGGACACCUGUCGUUCAUUUCCAGCAUCAGCUCCACACAGCUGAACCACAGCCUGAACCUCAGCACAGAGGGGCAUGACAAGCACCACAGUGACCCGGCCUUUAACCCCAGGCAUUUCCAGCCGCACCUGUCGACCAACAUCCCGCACGGCCACAAUGCCGCCGACAGCACCCCUCUUGCGUCGAUGGUGCAGAUGCAGAACUGCAUCGGCCAUUAUGGGCCGACGGGUGCGCGAAAUCCCAUGGUGGACAAUCUGAACGGUCCGAUGGACCCGAGGAGCGGCGCGAUAGGCGGCCUGAACGAAGACUUAGCCUACAGGAACAACCAGGUGCCUUUGAACGGGCCUAUCUCCCACCUGAAUGGACCAAGCGUGAUGAACAUGAACAGCCCGCACGGGUCCAUGGCGCCGCGCAACAGCAACGUGAGCUCUCACGCCAGCAGCAGAACGGGCCCGCCGUCUUUUGUCUCCUGCAAGGGGCUGUGCUGCAACCCGGACCCCAACAUGGGUUACCAGCAGUGGGAGAAGUACUGCUCUUACCAGAACAACGCGACCUACCGGGACAACAUGCGCGCGUCCGGCUACCAGGCGGACACCCGCCGCUUCGGCAACGACUUCAACUUCAGGAAGGACAAUUUCGACGGCAAGGAGGUCCUCCCGCCACCGCCGCCGCCCCCGCCCCCACCGUCGUCCAUCGUACCUAACGCGCCUCCCAACGCACCGGAUCACCGGAGGAACUUCCCCGACUACAAGUACCGCAGCAAAGACCGUCUGCUGUCGCGCAGCUACCCGCCCACCUCGGCUAUGAUGCAGAAUUACCCUAUACAGAACUACAACUACACAGGCGAGUACCAGAAGUACCCGUACAAUAUGAAGGAGUACUCCAAGGUGAGCAACAUGAACAUACCGAGCCAGGGAAUGGUGAAGCAUCAGGAGCCGGGGCCGUACGUGGCGCAGCAGCAAAAGUACAGCGGCAAGCAACAAGUGGCGUAUCAGAGCAGUGGCAUGAUGCCCAGCAGCGGCAUGCCGCCCGCGAGUGUGAAUCCCAGCAUGAUGCCGUCCGCACAGGGCACCUACUUCGGCCCUCCGCAGUACCCGCGGAGUCUGCCGGCGGAGGCGGCGCACGACUGCCAAGAGGUCGCCGACAACGUGCCCCUAGUGAACAGAGUGCAGAUGCCGACGAUGCCUCACCCAUCGUCUCAUCCCCCGUCUCACUCCCGGUACCAGAUGUACCAGCAGAAGAUAGCGAUGCAGCGCUUCUCCAUGGAGAACCAGCUGAGGGAACUGGCGAGAGUGCCGGGCUACCAGUCGCACCCGAGGUACAAGGAGUGUCUCCUCAAGUACAGGGAGCUGCUGAAGCUGCAGCAGACCGUCACUUACCAAGGUCAGAUCCAGCAGACCGCCCCGUGCGUCAGCAGCACCGCGUCGACGGCCGUCAACGCUUCCUCCGUGCCGCCUAUAAACCUACAAUUCGACCAGAACGGCGUGCUCAUCAACUCCAGCUACAUGCCCGAGGCCUUCCCGCAGAUACAGCAGGUGUUGAACCCACAGGUGCCGACGGACAGCGCGGACAAGCAGAACAAGCCGGAGCCCAACAACGUGAUCCCCGACAUGGUGACCCACAGUGUCCAGAAGCCGCCGGAGCAGCUGCUGCCGCAGCAACAACAACACGACGCUCACGCGCAGACCACCCUGUGCCCGGGCGAGCUGCAGAAGCAGCAGGAGCCACGGUACCAGCCGGUGCAGAAGAGCCUCGAGCCGUGCGUGCAGUUCGAGGUGCAGCAGAAGACGACAGCCGGCGAAGGCUUCAACAACCUCAGCAGCGGCGCGAGCGACAGCACCGCUAUGCAGCAGAAGAUGUCGAAGGAGUUCGCGGACAAGCCGGAGCUCGACGUCCGGCAGUUCCUGGCCAACUGGGACGAGUCCGAGGAGGAGGACGGCGCGAACGGCAACAUGCAGAACAUCGUGCUCAGCGAGUCGACGCCGGUGGUGGUGGUGGGUUACGAGAACGUGGACCUGUCCACGGCGAAAACGUUGGAGAGUCUGGAGGGCUCGAAGGGCUCGCAGGAGAUCCCGUCGGCGGGUGUGAUAACAUUCGAGAACCAGGACAAGAGCGACGCCACCGUGGUGUCCGCGCAGGACUCCUGCCUCACGAUAUCCUACUCGUCCGCGAAAGACCUCGAAGCCGCCAAGGACGCGAGCGGCAAGGAGAUCGCGAAGGAAGGCAUCGUGCAGCCGGGGAGUAUUAUACAGUGUAUCAGCAACGGGCCGGACGAAGUGCCGACGAUACACAUAGUUGACAACCUGGAGAUCGGUAGUAUCCUGCAGGUGACCAGCGGCCAAGUGGCCGAGAGCUUGGAGAGGCAAGAGGCGGUGUCGUUCUUCCACGAGGGCGCGGAGGUCGAGGCGAGCGCGAUAACUCUCGAGACGGAGGAGUUGAAGAAAAGCGACAACGGCGAGUCGACGACCACCGUCGAGUACAGUACGAACCUGGAGGACCUCGGCAAGGACAAGUACAUCGUCGAGACCUCGUCGCCAGGCAAGAACACGGCGGAGAGCACAUCGCAAGCGAGCGACGGGCAUCAGGAGGAAGUGGGACUAGGGAGCAGCUUGGCGACACCAGCCAAGGACAGUCUGGAUGCCGCCGCCGAGGCCAUAAACUUGAAGAAGCAAAGCAGUUUCACGAGCGAGGAAUCUCACAACCCGGACGACAUCAGUCUGCCGGACCUGCCGACGUCCGAGUGCACCCCGAUCUCCACCACCCUCAACACCCCCAUCCACUCGGACAGCGAAGAGUCGUCGGAGCGCGUGGAGGAUCUCACGAUAUCGACCAACCCUAUAGAAGUCGUGCAGAACAGCCCGAUCAUCAGCUUCACGCAGUCGCCGAUGCGACGAGAGCCGUACGACCACCUGAGCGACGAGACUGGCGACACGAAGAGCAAAUCGGCCGAUUCAUCAUUGGACGCUCGUUAUCAGGGGGAGGCUCGUUUCGAACAUGAGCACGGAGCUAGUAACGCGCUCGGCCACGAUAACGUUCUCGGCGGAUUUGAAUUCGCCACGGGCACCGAUAAGAACGAGUCCACGAGACAUGACGAUAAGGAGCGCGCGGGUAGGAGCAAUAAAAACGGCUCGACGGUCAACGAAAGAGCCUCCCCGCUGGACGCCGCGGACGGCAGCGCGCAGAUGGUUGGCCUACGCAUGACUCUGAGCCCCGGCGACUAUGAAUUAAAGAUCGCGCCGACGUCUAUGCAAAGUGCGCCUCACGACUCGGCGGACCCGAAGUCUCAGGCAGAUAACUCGCCGGAAAGUCGGUCGAAGUCGCGAGCGCUCGCGAGGUGUUCGGCGGAAUUGAACGAGUCGUUGCGGAACAUCGCGACGGCCGAUUCGGACGCGCCGCCGGCCCGGGACGAUGCUCGUUACGCUGAGGCGCGCGCGUCGAAGGCGAGCAGGGGCGAGGCGAGGGCGUCAUCCGGCAAGAAGAGAAGUGUUUCGGACCACUCGCUGGGGAGUGACGCGGCGUCCAGAGGUUCCAGGCCGGAAGACCACGGCCAGACAGCCAAGAUCGUCAAGGUAAAUCCGUCUACGUCGCAUGGUACUAAACACCCGGCUGCUUCAGGUCACGAUAAGCUGAGGAAAGCUGAAGCGCUCGCCGGCGACAAGUCCACCAAGAGAGACUGCCAAGCGGAGAGAAGCGGCAAUAAACUACUGAAGGGGGAUACGAAAGGCUCGAGGAAGGAGCGACACGCGGCUCGACACACGGAGCAGCUGAGGUCAAUAAGCAACCAGGUGAACUCCGAGAAGCUCGCGGAGAAAUGCAGCGAGGCGACCGUACAUCACAACAAGCAUACUCAGGAGGCGUCAGCGACGCACCGAGCAAGAUCCGGCGCUGGCGAAGAUCUCAAGGAGCCCGAGGUCUCGCGGCACGAGCCGAGGACGAGCACGGGCGGCAAUAUGGACGAGAAUCGGGAGAGACUGCGAUUGUUGAAGCAGUACAGGCGAAUCAAGUACAAGUCGCCCGGUAGCGCAGAGACUGCGGGCAAGAGCAAAGACGCGCAAGAGGCCUCCGAUUUCAGGGCGAGCAAGAAGGGUCAGUCUCCGGCUCAGAGCCCGGACGAGCGGCUGAUGGGCGACAAGCAACUGUGUCAAGAGGACGCGAGUUACAAGUCGUCGGAGGAGCCGGAGAGGAAGCACUCCAUCUUGAAGACGUUUAUGAGCAAGAACAUGAACUCUGACUUCGCGAUUCAGGUAACGAACGUGAAUCUGAAGCUCAAGGACAAGAACAAGGAUCACCAGCAGGAGCUGCAGUACUUGGGCGAGGAGGCGGCGAAGAGCGGCUCCGUGGACGCGAUCAAGAUCGAGAUCAACGUGUCGUGCACGGAACGGAACACCACGGAGAAGCUGCUGCACGAGAACAUCAAGAACGCCGUCGCCGAGACGAUCGGCCACCUCACCAGCUCGAUCUCGAGCGGGGCCAGGUCGAGCUCGACGAACCUCGUGGAGCUGCAGUGCGACAAGAAGGCGCUCCACGACCAAGACUACGACAAGCGCGACCGUUCCCCGCCCACCUUGACGGACGCUGCAUAUGACGAGCUAGCGCGCAAAUCUGACCAGGACAACGCGAAAGCGACGAAGCACAAGUCCGUCGCGAGCAUGGAAGCCACGACAAGCGAUGACAACAUCAGCUCGCUCGGCCCGAGCAAGAGGAGCUUGUUGUCGUCGAAGCGAGAGACUGUUAACAAUAUGUACGAGGUCAAAGGUGACGUGAACAUCGAAGCCGAGCAGCCGGCAGCGAGCCCCUCGGAGACUCCGAAAUCGGAACAUACAUCGGUCAGAAGCAGAAGCGUACACCAAGAAGCAGAAAAGAAGAUCGUCGCUAACAAUUACCCCGCGAGCACCGAGGAGUCGAAUUGCACCUCCUUGGACAAUCCGGCGCACACAGGAGCAAGCUCGAGAAGCGGCAACGCGCAGAAGAAGGAGCAGCACCAGGAGGCGAACGUUGCUUUCCUGUGCAGGAACGCGAGAAGCUCGCAGGAUGGCGUCUUGUCCAGGUUGAACGCCGGCGCGUCGACCUCAUCGAGCACAGCGGAGCCUGACCCGCCGGAAAGCGCUGCCUACGACAACAACUCGGCGCACUUCGACUACGAUCACUUCGACGUGGCCCCGAACGAAAACACAGACGCCGAGGACAAGCGCACGGACAGGUGGAGGUGGACGAAGAAGGACGACGAUAGAUUCAGCAGCCUGGACCUGUACGAGACCGCCAACGGCUACAUGAACCCAAUCUUCUUCAACGUGGACGAGCUGGAGAACUUGAACAUGGUGCCCGUGUACACCACCAAGGACGGGAAGAUCACCUACAGCCCUAAUCCCCGAUUCACAUACCACGAGUUGCUCAUGGAAGCUCGCGCGAAGGAGGCCUAUGCCAACAACAGCCGGGAGCCGUACCUCACAUCAUUCGACUAUUACAAUUGCUCGAAGCUGCGCAAGGUGUUCAAAAGGAGCCGCGACGUCGCCGCCAGGAAGAGAGAAGUCGAUCCUGCGGACUACUUGCUGAACAAGACCGCCCAUCACACGAAGACCCGCGGCACUCUUCAUCUGGAGUUCUUCAACGACGACGCAGACAAACUGUACACGAACAGAAGCGAUCAGCAAGACAGCAAAGAAGUGUGCAAGAAGAACGUCGUGGACCUGAGCUUCCUCGAGAAACCGUGCGACCCGGACGUCGUCGAGUCGCCGUCCAAUAUCAAACACUCCAAGACGAAGGUGUUGGCCGACAAUCUCGAUUACGAGAAAGGCUACAACGAGAGCUCCGUGCUCGAGCCGAACAUAUUCCUGGAGCCGCGGGCUGUCUGCUGGGACGAGACUAUGGAGUCGGUGAAGUCGUACUCGUCACACAUCGACCGCAGGAGCAGCGGCAGCCUGAAAGAGCUGAACUUCAGCGAGAUCUUCGGCAAGCAGAAACGACUCUCAUUGCCGUGCCUACACGUGGAGCAAGAGUCUCUCGACGGCGAUCGCAGGGCGAGCGACGACUGCAAAGCGUCCAGCGAGCCGGCCCGCACAAGCUGCAGUUACACCUUGGACGACGAUUUGCAGCGCUGCGAGCAGUUGCGCACCGCCACACAUAAUGAGCCGGAAGUCACGAGCGCUAAUCAAGACGUCGUGUUAUCAACAACGACGGAGGUCAACGACAAAUCAGCGAUCACGCACGAUGAAGAGAGAGCAUAUGCAGAGAGCAUUCUCGAUAAAGAGCAUUCCCAAUUCGACCAAGUCGAAAUCGCCGCCACAACCGCGUUGGCCGAAGAGGCGCAGCCCCGUGACCCCGAUGCCGCGGACGAGGACCUUCGCGCUUCGGAAGAAGACCAGCGGCUCGCGAGUCCCCUUCAGGAAGCGCAAGAAUUGACGGAUUCCGUCGUGCUCGACGAUGGCGCCCCGCUCGAAGACAAACCUAGCGACGAGCAGCCGAGCGUGAGCGAACCCUCGGGCAAGGACGUUGAGGAGGCUACGAGUCCAUCCAAAUCGAGCGCUAAUGGCGACCACCUGCCAGAUGCACCGAGAAGCACCGUCGAAACAGUAGAAGAGCCACCUGCGGACGAAGCAGCCGACGAGAUCGACAGCUCCGUCGGCAACAAUCCGGGGCCUGACGUGCAAGUUGCUUACCAAGAACUCUUGGAGUCGACGUCAGCCAUCCGCGAAGACGAGGAGGCGGCGAUGCCGCUUGCCGCGGACAAGGUGUAUUUCGACGAUGAGGCGAGCGGACGCAAUGAUGACGCGCGCGUUGAAGAGAACUCCCACAGAGAAGAAGAGGCGCUCAUCAGCUCACAGGAACCGAUUGAUGUGGUCCCGGCUGUGUCGCAAACGUUCGACGAACAGCUGGCGGAAAACUCAUCGAGAACAAGUCCGAGGAACGACAAGGUGGACGACUGCGCCGGCCCCGUGGAGCUGUUCGAGCCGGCCGCCAUGUUGGACUCGCUGCCAGCGCCAGCCGAAGAGAGCGUGUGCGACAUAUUCGUGAGCGAGACGUGCGAGCAGAAUAUCUCGGAGUUCACCGUCAUCAAGAAUAUCAUCAAGGCCGAUAGCAAGAAGCAGGACGGCGAGCCCGAGGCGAAGGAAGCCGCCAAGACCAACGACAGCAUCAUCGAUUCCAAGUUGCUGUGCAUGGACUCGUCCGACUGCGGGAUCUACGCGGAGGAGCGCUGCGCCUUGAUGCAGAUAUCCGAGCACGACUUCACUGAGGACGACAGUUUGGUGCCAAUGGAGUGGGAGACCAGUCAGAUCCAGGAAGACGCCGUGAACCGGCUGUGCGGCCUCGACGAGUCGUCGAUCGAUUUUGCGGCCGCUGCCAACUCGCUGCGUAGCGACGACAACUCGUUACUGGAUAACUUGACUCUGUCGAGGUCAGCGAUGAAGGAAUCGCGGCUACUGGAGCUGCCCUGCGAUGUGGAGGACAAGCCGGAAGAGUCUGCACCACCGCCACCGCCGGCCGAAUCGACGGCGCUGCCGCCGCCGCCCCCGCCGCCACCGCCGCCGCCGCCGCCGCCCUCGCCGCCACCACCGCCGCCGCCGCCGCCUCUGGAAAAGUUCAAAGCGACAUGUGACGGUGAGGAGGCCGACGAGCGAGAGGAACAGAAUCUAGUUUCUUCCAGUAGUUACGAGAAGGUAGCGUACCUACGCGCGACGGACUGCAACGCCAACACGAAGAUAGUGCCGAAGCUCGUGAUCAAGAAGACCGAGGCCAGUUCCAAGUUCGUCACGAAGAUGAGUUCCUCUUCCUCUUCCUCCUCCUCCCCCACGGACGGUGUUAACAAGUCCGUUUCAAGACCGAGCUGCCAGCCAAAGAUACCCAAGAUGAUUAUCAGGAACGCGAGAUCCCGUCCAGGCACUCCGUCCAUCGAGGCCGUCCCCGACGAAACAUCUUGCGCCGAGAUGAGCCUUUCCGAGCGGAUCUCGAUCAUGACGCACGAGACGCGCGAAGACCUCUGCGAGAACGAGACCGAGAGGUCUACGCAGGAUCCGGCGAGCUGCAGGAACAAGAUACCCAAGAUGAAGAUCAAGCUGGAUGAGAAACACGCGAACAAGAUUGUGAGAGCGGAGGACGCCGCGGAGCUUUCCGCGAGACGCAGGAGCAUGAAGAAGACCAUCCCGAAGGUGAAGAUUAAGAACUCGCCGAGGUCUGACCAGUCGGACAACUCGGUCUACAACAGCGCGACGUCCGAGUCGGAGCCGAGAAACCCGGAGAGGCACGAGGAGAAGAUACCUAUUCUAAAGCUGAGGAAGCACGAGAGGAACAGGUCGUCGUCGCCGGAAGUCAUACGAAAGAGGCAAAGCUCCAGCCACUCGGACCUGCCGACCAAGAGGUACAAGAGGUCGAGCCGCGAAGAUACCGUCGGCCACUAUACGCGGCGCAGCAACAGCGAUUCAGCGCGCACGAGCGCGACGGUGGCGGACUGCGAGCUGAAGAAGAGCCCGAGGAUCUGCAUCUCGGAGAAGAUACCGAAGGUCAUCAUCAAGAGGACGUCGGCCAGCGCGGAGUUCAAGUGCGAGUUGAGCAAGAGCGGCAAGAACAUCAUUGCCAAGAGCGCCAAGUGGCAGCCGGAGGUGAAGCUGGAGAGGUACCGAGUGCUCGACAGCAUGGCGAAGGACCUCAUGUCCUCGUCUUCCUUGACGCCCGUGUCGCUGCGAAUCAUUGACAAGAUAUUCGCGAGCCACAAGGACAGCUGUUUCCGUCGGAAAGAGCGCGACCGCGACCUUCAUAGGCUCUCCAGGUCGAACUCGACGUCCGACUUGUUGCCAGCCAAGUGCAAGCAGAGGAGGAUGUCGGAUUACGACUACGGGAAGACCAUCGGUGCGUCGAGGGAUGGCGACUCGAGUUUCGCGCGAGACCAAGGAGACGUCAAGGAAACCAGGACGUGCGGCACGCCGAAGCGGAACGGCUCCAGCAGGAGUCACGGCAAGACGACUGACGAGUGUCGGAAGGACGACAAGCGUAGAUCGCGCUCCCGCGAUAACAACUCCCGAGCGGAUGUCCUCGAGAAGGAGCAGCCAAGGAGCAAUAGGAGAGUUAGCUCUGAGAAAGUCGCGGAUGAUCGUUGCGACGAAUGCAAGACCGACGACAUAAAGCAGGAGGAGACAGCAAAGACAGAAGAGGAUAGCCCGGUUAAACUCGAAGACCAGAAGAGUCGGCAGCGCUUCAGCUCUACGAACUUUGAGACCGCGUUGAAGGAGUUGAAAGCUCCGACCAAGGCGGAAGACUGCUUUGUCAAGUCGCUCGUCUUAAGCGAGGCAGCCUUCGAGGAAAUCGAAGUGCGAGAGGACAAGGAGCAGAGCAAAGAGGACGAUCUUUUCUUGCGCAAGGACGACGACAAGGUCACGGUGAAGGAACGACUGAGUCCCGACGACAUGGACAUCGAGUGCAGCUUGCAGGACGACGUCAUCUUGCUGAAGGAGGAGUCUGCGGAUGUGUUGAGCACCUUCGAGAUGAACAGCAACACCGUCAUCAAGGUCGAGUCCUCGGACGAUAGUCAGACGACCAUCGAGAUCUUGCCGGCCUCGCUCGACGACAGCCGUGGCGAGCUGGACAGCCACAUGAUCGACGACGGCGACAGCGAGCAGUUGUAUCCAGCGGAUGCCAUCCCGACCCAAUUCGAGCUGGAGCUGGAGAUCACUGACAACAGCAAUAUCGACCUGCUGGACGUAUCGAUGCCGAGGCUCAACCCUAUCGCUUACAGUUCACGUCACGUGUACGAUGAGUACCACGGCGAUCCAAUGUUCAAGACAGAACGCCCCGGCAAGCUCGAGCCUCUGCAUCGCGCGAAGAAUCCGCUCGGCGAGGAUAAACAUGUGGAGAUCGAUAUCAGUGGCGACGACAGACUCGCGUCAGGGUGCGUGAAGUCGGUCGACUACGUCGAAGAGAUCCCAGAGGAUUUGCCGUGCGGCAAGAAAGCGAGCUCGGAGACCGCGUUGAUGGAGAAGAAAUUCUGUUGUAACGACUCCUUGAUGAAGGAAGUUUUAGCGGCCAAGGAGACCUUGAAGAAGUGCCUUUCGAAGUCGAGAUGCGAGGGCAGCAGCGCGAAGCCGAAGACAGCUGCGGAGAAAAAGCAGGGCUCGAGUUUUGAUCUCAACAGUCUCUCGGAGACGCAUCCUAAGUCAAGUGACGCCCCUCAAGGCUGUCGCGGCGACGUCACCCUUCAGACAGCUCCUUCGACUCCCGCGGUCAGUAGACAUGACAACAAGACUGAGAGUUUAACUAGUGCCGAAAAGUCUGAUAAGAAACAUUCCAAAUCGAAUAAGAAUGUCUUGGUGAAGAAGAAGGUGAAACUGCCUGAUCAGAAGGACGAAGAGCGACAAUUUCGUUGCCCCACGCUCCCUUGUGCGGACUCCAGGGUCAUGACGAAGAAAGCGCACGAAUGCACCACGAUAUCGUUGAAGACCUUCAAGCGAUUCGGCCAGGUGGCCGCGUUGCACGAGAACCCACCUCGCGUUAUAAACUUGAGUGAGAAGAGGAAGAAGAAUCCAGGGGACCAAACAGACACCAUACCUCAGUCACGACGCAAGGAAGACAACAAGAUAUCGUCCUACAAGAUUCCCAAGAUCUCCAAGUCCGUGGAUCAGAGGAGCAACGCUAGCGGCAACCCAGCGGCUAAGGGAACCAAGCCGAAGGAGGACAACAUGCCGAUCUUGGAGCCCGCGGUCGUCGUCAGCUUCGACGCCGGCUCCGACCGGGAUAGCUCCAGGUCACCGCCGGUAAUCACGAAUCAAGACAGCGCGGACGCCGACGUGGCCGCGUCCAAGCUGGUAGACAACGACAAAGUCAUAACGUCGGACAAUAAAAUCGAGAGCGACAUUAAGGACGUCCACAAGAAGAGCGAGAUGUCCAUCGGCGAUUUCAUCACCCAAUUAGCUUAUCACGAGAAGGCGACGAUAAAACACAGACGAUACUGUAAUUUGUGCGAGAGGUGGUUCCCCACAACGUCGCGGCAUCGGCGCCACUUAGCUGGAUACCAACAUCGCCAUAUAGAGCUGACGCAACGCAGAAGCAUCCACACGCUGUUCAUGCUCUUCACGGGCAAGCCUUGCCCCAGGUUAAUGCCGGCGAAUGUCGUGCGAAAUGAUUGUUCCGUAGGUGAAUUGACGCCGUUGCAAAUCGCAGUACAGGAUGUCGCAAAAAAUUUCGACCAUACGGGACAAAGUCCGAAGAAGCAGAACGACCUUGACAAAUAACCUCACGUAAGUUACUCGGAGUAUACAAUUACUGUGAUCGUAAUUACGGCUUACAGCGCCAAUCUCCUGCGAGCAUCAUCCGCGACGAUAAUUGAAGGAUUCUAUGAAAUGUCCUUUUUGUAUCUCAGCUAGACUAGUACGCAGUUCGAGACGACUGCUACUGUUAAUGGCGUCGGCAUCGUAACUUUAACCGUUAGAUAACGAACGCUUCACAUACACACAAAGUGCACUGAAUUAGCUAAGUCAACCGAUGUGGGUCAUCAUUAACAGAAAGUUACCCGACAGACAAUCCUAGAUCGCAAUUAGAUGUUUAGCCAAAGACUUUAACAAAGCUGUAGUACACAUUAUAGAUUAUUUACACUCCUCGAGAGACUCUGAUCUUUUUCAUUUGUACAAAGUUUAUGAGUGAUUCAACCGCUGAAUGUGCUCACUGCGAAUCUUUAUUUAUAUCGAAAGAACCUGAAGAGACUUAUAUAAAUAAUUA